GUGGCCCUUGGCACCUGACACUGUCACAAGAGGGAGAGAGUGAUGAUCUCUCCUUAGUACAUCAGAGCAUUCAAAGGCCCUCAGUGUGACUAUUAAAAACAACAACAACGACUACCUAAAGAGAUUUCACUGACUGCAGAGUAGGACUUCCUGUCUGGUGCUUAGAGGAGUUUGGGUUAGGUUUAGUCAGAUCCUCUCAUGGGAAAAAUAAAAGGCACCAAAAAAAAAAAGAAAGAAAAAGAAAAACACAGGACAUCCCAGUGUGCAGUUCGCAGGCUGCUUUUGUCGCUCACUUCCUCCACGUCUUCGCCCUGGUCUUAGCAGCUGUAGGUGAUGAGCGGCCCUGCAGCUACCGCCUUGCGUUGGAAAAAGUGCAAAUUGGAUUUCCCCGGGCAGGCGGCUCUCCAGGCUUGCAGGCGAUUACCAGAUGAACACAAUGAUGUGCAGAAGAAAACCUUUACCAAAUGGAUAAACACUCGAUUUUCAAAGAGUGGGAAGCCACCCAUCAAUGAUAUGUUCACUGACCUCCAAGAUGGCAGGAAGCUACUAGAUCUUCUGGAAGGCCUCACAGGGACAUCACUGACAAAGGAACGUGGUUCCACAAGGGUACAUGCUUUAAAUAAUGUCAACAGAGUGCUGCAGGUUUUACAUCAGAACAGUGUGGAAUUAGUGAACAUAGGAGGAACAGACAUUGUAGAUGGGAACCACAAACUGACCUUGGGGCUACUUUGGAGCAUCAUUCUGCACUGGCAGGUGAAGGACGUCAUGAAGGACGUCAUGUCCGACCUGCAGCAGACCAACAGCGAGAAGAUCCUGCUGAGCUGGGUGCGGCAGACCACGCGGCCCUACAGCCUGGUCAAUGUCAUCAACUUCACCACCAGCUGGGCCGACGGACUGGCCUUCAAUGCCGUGCUCCACCGGCACAAACCUGAUCUCUUCAGCUGGGAUAGAGUUGUCAAAAUGUCCCCAAUUGAGAGACUUGAGCAUGCCUUCAACAAAGCUCAGACUUAUUUGGGAAUUGAAAAGCUGUUAGAUCCUGAAGAUGUUGCUGUUCAGCUCCCUGACAAGAAAUCCAUUAUUAUGUAUUUAACAUCUUUGUUUGAGGUGCUACCUCAGCAAGUCACGAUAGAUGCCAUCCGAGAGGUAGAGACGCUCCCCCGGAAAUAUAAGAAAGAAUGUGAAGAGGACGAAAUUAAUAUACAGAGGACAGCAGCGGCGGAGGAGCGGGAGAGUCCCGGAGCGGGCACCCCCAGCACUGUCGCCGAGGUCGACAUGGAUCUGGACAGCUACCAGGUGGCGCUGGAGGAGGUGCUGACCUGGUUGCUGUCUGCGGAGGACACUUUCCAGGAACAGGAUGACAUUUCUGACGAUGUCGAAGAGGUCAAAGAGCAGUUUGCCACCCAUGAAGCUUUCAUGAUGGAGCUGACUGCACAUCAGAGCAGUGUGGGGAGUGUCCUGCAGGCGGGCAACCAGCUGAUAACACAGGGUGCUCUGUCGGAUGAAGAGGAGUUUGAGGUUCAGGAACAGAUGACCCUACUGAACGCUAGAUGGGAGGCUCUGAGGGUGGAGAGCAUGGAGCGGCAGUCCCGGUUGCAUGACAUCCUGAUGGAACUGCAGAAGAAGCAGCUGCAGCAGCUGUCGGCCUGGCUGACCCUCACAGAAGAGCGCAUUCAGAAGAUGGAAACCUGUCCCCUGGAUGACAACUUAGAAUCCCUGCAAAAACUCCUCGAAGAACAUAAAAGUUUGCAAAAUGAUCUUGAGGCUGAGCAGAUGAAGGUAAAUUCCUUAACUCACAUGGUGGUAAUUGUGGAUGAGAACAGUGGCGAGAGUGCUACAGCUCUUCUGGAAGAUCAGCUACAGAAACUUGGCGAGCGAUGGACAGCUGUGUGCCGUUGGACUGAGGAACGCUGGAACCGAUUGCAAGAAAUCAAUAUAUUGUGGCAGGAAUUAUUGGAACAACAGUGCUUGCUGAAAGCUUGGCUCACUGAAAAAGAAGAGGCUUUGAAUAAAGUCCAGACAAGCAAUUUUAAAGACCAGAAGGAACUAAGUGUCAGCGUUCGACGUCUGGCCAUUUUGAAGGAAGACAUGGAAAUGAAGCGUCAAACUUUGGAUCAGCUGAGCGAAAUUGGCCAAGAUGUGGGCCAAUUACUUGACAACCCCAGGGUGUCCAAGAAGAUGCACGGUGACUCGGAGGAGCUGACUCAGAGAUGGGAUUCUUUGGUGCAGAGGCUAGAAGACUCCUCCAACCAGGUGACUCAGGCUGUGGCGAAGCUAGGGAUGUCCCAGAUACCUCAGAAGGAUCUUUUGGAGACUGUUCGUGUAAGAGAACAAGUAACCACCAAAAAGUCGAAGCAGGAGCUGCCUCCCCCUCCUCCCCCCAAGAAGAGACAGAUCCACGUGGACACUGAAUCCAAAAAAAAGUUUGAUGCUGUAAGUGCCGAGCUGCUGAACUGGGUUUUGAAAUCCAAGACUGCCAUUCAGGCCACAGAGAUAAAAGAGUAUGAGAAGAUGCAAGAGACUUCAGAAAUGAAAAAGAAGUUGAAGGAAUUUGAAAAAGAACAAACAGAAAGAAGCCCCCAGGUGGAUGAAUUAAACCAAACCGGACAAAUCCUUUUGGAGCAAAUGGGAAAAGAAGGUCUUUCAACAGAUGAAAUAAAAAAUGUUCUGGAGAAGAUUUUAUCAGAGUGGAAGACUAUAUCUCAGCAUCUGGAAGAUCUGACAAGAAAGGUUAAGGUUCAGGAAGAUAUGAACGCUUAUUUUAAGCAACUCGAUGAACUUGAAAAGAUCAUAAAGACGAAGGAGGAGUGGGUGCAGCAACACACACCCUUUUCUCAGUCUUCGCAGAGUUCCUUGCCUAGUUUGGAGGCCUCCUGUCAGAGGGAGCUGACAUACCUCCUGGACCUCCAGCCCAGAAUCGAGACGGUGCGGAUGAGCUGCUCUGCCCUCCAGUCCGAGCCUUCCAUCCCAGGGUUUGUCCAGGCGGACUUCCAUGACCUCGUGGUCCGCCUCCAGGCUGUGAGGGUGGUUUUACAACGUCAUCAGCAACAGCUGGCCAAGGAAAGGAAGAGCCAACCUGGACGUGAAUAUUUGGCAACACUGAAAGCACUGAAAGACGUGCUAAAUGAUGUAGAACACAAGGCCCAGACCUCUCUCAGUGUCCUCAGUGAUCCCGCAGAGGUGGAGAAGGCCCUACACGGAAGAAAGGCCCUUAGUGAAAUCCUUGAGAAGCAAAAACCUACAUUACAUAAGCUUACAGAAGAAACAAAGAGUUUGGAGAAAAACGUGCUUCCUGAUAUAGAAAAAACGUACAGGCAAGAAUUUGAUGGUGCCCGAGAACAGUGGAACAAACUAAAGGCCACAGUUUCCGAGGAUCUAUGUUUGCUUGAAGAAACGGCCUCCAAACUGAGAACUUUUGAGGCUGAUUCAGGAGUCACUGGGAAGUGGCUGGUGGAUGUGAAAGACUUCUUAACAGAAGAGCAGGCUGCCCAAGGCGAUGACGCUGGUCUGCAGAGGCAGCUUGGCCAGUGCUCUGCAUUUCUUAAUGAAAUAGAAAUAAUCGAAUCAUCUCUGAAAAACAUGAAAGAAAUAGAGACUCACCUUCGAAGCUGUCCAGUUGCUGGGAUCAAAACUUGGGUGCAGACAAGGCUAGUUGACUACCAAACCCAACUGGAGAAAUUUAGCAAGGAGAUUGUUAUUCAAAGAAAUAGGUUGUCUGAAAGUCAGGAAAAAACCAUGAACCUGAAGAAAGACUUGGCAGAGAUGCAGGAGUGGAUGUCCCAGGCUGAAGAGGAACACCUGGAGAGGGACUUUGAGUACAAGUCACCAGAAGAGCUAGAGAGUGCUGUGGAAGAGAUGAAGAGGGCGAAAGAGGAUGUGUUACAGAAGGAGGUCAGAGUGAAGAUUCUCAAGGACAACAUCAAAUUAUUAGCUGCUAAGGUGCCCUCUGGUGGCCAGGAGUUGACAUCUGAGCUGAAUGUGGUGCUGGAGAAUUACCAACUUCUUUGCAAUAGAAUCCGAGGAAAGUGCCACACCCUAGAGGAGGUCUGGUCGUGCUGGAUCGAGCUGCUUCACUAUUUGGAUCUUGAAACCACCUGGUUAAACACAUUGGAAGAGCGGGUCAAGAGCACAGAGGCUCUGCCCGAGAAGACGGAUGCUGUCAGCGAAGCCCUAGAGGCUCUUGAAUCUGUUCUGCGCCACCCAGGGGAUAAUCGCACCCAGAUCCGGGAACUUGGCCAGACACUGAUUGAUGGAGGGAUCCUCGAUGAUAUAAUCAGUGAGAAACUGGAGGCUUUCAACAGCCGCUAUGAAGAUCUCAGUCACCUGGCGGAGAGCAAGCAGAUUUCUUUGGAAAAGCAGCUGCAGGUCCUGCGGGAAACUGACCACAUGCUUCAGGUGCUGCAGGAGAGCUUAGGGGAACUGGAUAAGCAGCUCACCUCCUACCUGACAGAUAGGAUAGAUGCUUUCCAAGUUCCACAGGAAGCUCAGAAAAUCCAAGCAGAGAUCUCAGCCCACGAGCUCACUCUGGAGGAGUUGAGGAAGAACCUACGCUCUCAGCCUCCUACCUCUCCGGAGGGCAGGACUGCUAGAGGAGGAAGCCAGAUGGAUGUGCUUCAGAGGAAACUUCGAGAGGUGUCCACAAAAUUCCAGCUCUUCCAGAAACCUGCUAACUUUGAGCAGCGCAUGCUGGACUGCCAGCGCGUGCUGGAUGGGGUGAAAGCUGAGCUUCACGUCCUGGAGGUGAAGGAUGUGGACCCCGAGGUCGUCCAGAUGCACCUGGAGAAGUGCAUGAAACUGUAUAAAACUCUGAGUGAAGUCAAACUUGAAGUGGAGACUGUUAUCAAAACAGGAAGGCACAUUGUCCAGAAGCAGCAAACCGACAACCCUAAGGGCAUGGACGAGCAGCUGACUUCCCUGAAGGUCCUUUAUAACGAGCUGGGUGCACAGGUGACAGAAAGCAAGCAGGAUCUGGAAAGAGCUUCGCAGCUGGCCCGGAAGGUGAAGAAGGAGGCCGCCUCUCUCUCUGAAUGGCUCUCUGCUACCGAGGCCGACUUGGUGCAGAAGUCCACGUCAGAAGGUGUGCUGGGUGACUUGGACACCGAGAUCUCCUGGGCGAAAAAUGUUCUGAAGGAUCUGGAGAAGAGGAAAGCUGACUUAAGCGCCAUCACAGAGAGCAGCGCUGCCCUCCAGGCCCUGAUCCUGGGCAGUGGGCCCCUGUUCCAGGAGAGGCUGUGUUUGCUCAAUGCUGGGUGGAGUCGGGUUCGCACCUGGACUGAGGAUUGGUGCAACACCUUGAUGAACCAUCAGAACCAGCUGGAAAUAUUUGAUGGAAAUGUUGCUCACAUAAGUACCUGGCUUUAUCAAGCUGAAGCUCUAUUGGAUGAGAUUGAAAAAAAACCAGCGAGUAAACGGGAGGAAAUCGUGAAGCGUCUACUAUCUGAGCUGGACGACGCCAGGCUCCAGGUUGAAAAUGCCCACGAUCAAGCCACUAUUUUGAUGAAUGCACGUGGAAGCUCAAGCAGGGAGCUUGUGGAACCAAAAUUAGCUGAACUGGAUAGAAACUUUGAAAAAGUAUCUCAACACAUCAAAAGUGCCAAAUUGCUAAUUGACCAGGAACCCACAUCCUACCAGUAUGUGGUCACCACUGAAGAAUUUGAAGCUGCUAUGCCUUUCUCUGACUUGGAUAAACUAGAAAAGGAUGUAGAAAGUAUGUUAAAAAUUGUGGAAAAACACUUGGAAUACAGUGAUGGCAAUGAAGAGAUGGAUGAAGAGAGAGCCCAGAUUGAGGAAGUUCUACAAAGAGGAGAACAAAUGUUACGUCAACCUAUGGAGGAUAAUAAGAAAGAAAAGAUCCGUUUGCAGUUGUUACUUUUGCAUACAAGAUACCACAAAAUUAAGACACUUCACAUUUAUAUACCUGCUGACUCCUGGUGCAUUCUGAAGCCUCUGACCCAGUUGGCCUUGCAGAACGACAGGCCCUGUUAUGUAAUGGAGGAAGCAGCACAGGAUCCCUGGCUUGUCGUAGUCACUGAGGCCAUCCCCAUUCAACAGAGGAAAACAAGCCAACUCACUUCUGGGAUUAGAUCAUCUCUCCCCCCAAAUUAUCUGGUUGAAAUUAACAAAAUAUUACUUGCCAUGGAUGGUGUUGAAUUAUCCCUUAAUGUUCCUGAACUAAACACCACUGUCUAUGAAGAUUUCUCCUUUCAGGAAGACUCUCUGAAGACCAUCAAAGACCAACUGGACAGACUUGGAGAGCAGAUCGCAGUUGUUCAUGAGAAGCAGCCUGAUGUCAUCCUGGAAGCCUCCGGGCCUGAAGCCAUCCAGAUCAGAGACAUGUUGUCUCAGCUGAAUGCCAAGUGGGACAGAGUUAACAGAAUGUACAGUGAUCGGAAAGGUCACUUCGAUAGGGCCAUGGAAGAAUGGAGACAGUUCCACUGUGACCUUAAUGACCUCACGCAGUGGGUAACGGAAGCGGAAGAGAUACUGCUCGAUACUUGUGCUCCGGACGGCAGCCUGGAUCUGGAGAAGGCUAGGACUCAUCAGCAGGAGCUUGAGGAGGGCGUCAGCAGCCACCAGCUCAGCGUGGUCACGGUCAACCAGAUCGGGGAUGGGAUUGUGCAGAAACUGCCCCCUGAGGACGGGGGCUUCCUGAAAGACAAGCUGGCAGGUUUGAACCAGCGCUGGAGUGUGAUCCUGGCCCAAGUGAAGGCUCGGCAGCCCAGGCUAAAAGGAGAAAGUAAGCAGGUGGUGGAGUACAGGAAAAAGCUGGAUGAGAUUGUCUGCUGGCUACCCAAGGCCGAGAAGGCUGUGCAGCAGAGGCUGCCCAGCGAGCUGGAGCUGGAGGAAACCCUGCGGAGAUGGAGAGACUUAAGGCAAGAGUUGGAAGCACAGGAGGAAAAGCUCAAAUGGCUGAAUCGAACUGAAGUGGAAGUGCUUGCAGAUAAGAGCCUGAGCUUACAUGAAAGAGAUAAACUUUCAGAAAGUUUAAGAAGUGUAAAUGUGACAUGGAAUAAGAUCUGCAGAGAAGUACCCAGCACAGUGAAGGAAACUACCCAGGAGGCCUCCUCUGUUUCACAGUCAUGGAUUGCUGCUCAUCCUAGUGUCCAAAAGGUGGUGCUAGUCUCAUCUGCGUUUGAUGUUCCUGUUCAGUCUCCUCGCAGCUCUGAAAUGUCAGUUCCUGCUGAUCUGGAUCAAACAAUAACAGAACUCGCCGACUGGCUGGUAUUGAUUGACCAGAUGUUGAAGUCUAACAUUGUCACAGUUGGUGAUGUGGAAGAGAUCAAUAAGACAGUUUCCCGAAUGAAAAUUACAAAGGCUGACUUAGAGCAACGCCAUCCUCAGCUCGAUUUUGUUUUUACGCUGGCGCAGAAUUUGAAAAACAAAGCUUCCAGUUCAGAUGUGAGGACAGCAAUCACAGAAAAAUUGGAAAAGGUAAAGACGCGCUGGGACAGCACACAGCACGGUGUUGACCUCCGCCGCCAGCAGCUGGAGGCCAUGGUCCUGGACAGCCUCCGGUGGGAGGACCACAGGGAGGAGACGGAGGAGCUGAUGAGGAAGUUCGAGGCCCGGCUCUACAUGCUGCAGCAAGCCCGGAGGGACCCCCUUGUCAAGCAAGUUUCUGACAACCAUCUGUUGCUUCAAGAACUGGGUCCUGGUGACAGUAUCGUCAUGGCAUUUGAUAAUGUCCUGCAGAAACUGCUGGAAGAUUAUGCUAGUGAUGACAUAAGAAAUGUGAAGGAAACCACUGAGUACUUAAAAACAUCGUGGAUCAAUCUAAAACAAAGCAUCGCUGAUAGACAGAGUGCCCUGGAGGCUGAGCUGAGGACAGUGCAGGCCUCACGCCGGGACCUGGACCACUUCCUGAAGUGGGUGCAGGAGGCAGAGGCCAUGAUGAAUGUGCUGGCAGAUGCCUCUCAGCGGGAAAAUGCACUUCAGGAUGUCAUCCUGGCCCGGGAGCUCAGACAGCAGCUGCAGGACAUCCAGGCAGAAAUUGAUGCCCAUAAUGACAUAUUUAAAAGCAUUGAUGGAAACAGGCAGAAGAUGGUAAAAGCUCUGGGGAAUUCUGAGGAGGCUACUAUGCUUCAACAUCGACUGGAUGAUAUGAACCAAAGAUGGAAUGACUUGAAAGCAAAAUCUGCUAGCAUCAGGGCCCAUUUGGAGGCCAGUGCUGAGAAGUGGAACAGGUUACUGGCGUCUUUAGAAGAACUGAUCAAGUGGCUGAAUAUGAAAGAUGAAGAGCUUAAAAAACAAAUGCCCAUUGGUGGAGAUGUUCCCGCCUUACAGCUCCAAUACGACCAUUGUAAAGCACUGAGACGUGAGUUAAAGGAGAAAGAAUAUUCAGUCUUGAAUGCUGUAGACCAAGCUCGAGUUUUCCUGGCUGAUCAGCCAAUUGAGGCCCCUGAAGAACCACAAAGAAACCUGCAAUCAAAAACAGAAUUGACUCCUGAAGAGAGGGCCCAAAAGAUUGCCAAGGCCAUGCGCAAACAGUCUUCUGAAGUCAAGGAGAAGUGGGAAAGCCUCAAUGCUGUUACUAGCAAUUGGCAAAAGCAAGUAGACAAAGCAUUGGAGAAACUCCGGGACCUGCAAGGUGCCAUGGAUGAUCUGGAUGCUGACCUGAAGGAGGCAGAGGCCGUGCGCAACGGCUGGAAGCCCGUGGGGGACUUGCUCAUCGACUCGCUGCAGGAUCACAUCGAAAAGACCCUGGCAUUUAGAGAAGAAAUUGCACCAAUCAACUUAAAAGUUAAAGCAGUGAAUGAUCUGUCCAGCCAGCUCUCUCCUCUGGAUCUGCAUCCAUCUCUAAAGAUGUCUCGACAGCUGGAUGACCUUAACAUGCGAUGGAAACUUCUCCAGGUUUCUGUGGAUGAUCGCCUUAAACAGCUUCAAGAAGCUCACAGAGAUUUUGGACCAUCAUCCCAGCAUUUUCUCUCUAAUGGAGAAAGGAGUGCUUGCAUUUCAGAAAGACAGGGAGAGCUGUUGACCAGGCAACUUGCUGAACUAGUAUCCAGAAGACCCGGGAUCACAUUGGAACUCCAACCUUCAGUCCAGCUGCCAUGGCAGAGAUCCAUCUCACAUAAUAAAGUGCCCUAUUACAUCAAUCAUCAAACACAGACGACCUGCUGGGAUCAUCCUAAGAUGACUGAACUAUUUCAAUCCCUUGCUGACCUGAAUAAUGUACGUUUCUCUGCCUACCGCACAGCGAUCAAAAUCCGAAGACUACAAAAAGCACUAUGCUUGGAUCUCUUAGAGUUGAAUACAACAAAUGAAGUUUUCAAACAGCACAAGCUGAACCAAAAUGACCAGCUGCUAAGUGUCCCAGAUGUCAUCAACUGCCUGACAACCACUUACGACGGGCUCGAGCAAAUGCACAAGGACCUGGUCAACGUCCCACUCUGUGUGGACAUGUGUCUCAACUGGCUGCUCAAUGUGUAUGAUACGGGUCGGACUGGAAAAAUUAGAGUGCAGAGUCUGAAGAUUGGAUUGACGUCCCUCUCUAAAGGUCUCUUAGAAGAAAAAUACAGAUAUCUCUUUAAUGAGGUGGCGGGGCCUACGGAGAUGUGUGACCAGAGGCAGCUCGGCCUGUUACUCCAUGAUGCCAUCCAGAUUCCUCGGCAGCUGGGGGAAGUGGCAGCUUUUGGAGGCAGUAACAUUGAGCCGAGUGUCCGCAGCUGCUUCCAGCAGAAUAACAACAAGCCAGAGAUAAGUGUGAAAGAGUUUAUAGAUUGGAUGCGUUUGGAACCACAGUCCAUGGUUUGGCUACCAGUUCUGCAUCGAGUAGCAGCAGCUGAGACUGCAAAACAUCAGGCCAAAUGCAACAUCUGCAAAGAAUGUCCCAUUGUGGGAUUCAGAUAUCGGAGCCUAAAGCAUUUUAACUAUGACGUCUGCCAGAGUUGCUUUUUUUCGGGUCGAACAGCAAAAGGUCACAAAUUACAUUACCCAAUGGUGGAAUAUUGCAUACCUACAACAUCUGGGGAAGAUGUGAGAGACUUCACAAAGGUGCUGAAGAACAAAUUUAGAUCAAAGAAAUACUUUGCCAAACACCCUCGGCUUGGCUACCUGCCUGUCCAGACAGUUCUCGAAGGUGACAACUUAGAGACUCCUAUCACCCUCAUCAGUAUGUGGCCCGAGCACUAUGACCCCUCGCAGUCCCCUCAGCUCUUCCACGAUGACACCCACUCAAGGAUAGAACAGUACGCCACACGACUGGCCCAGAUGGAACGGACCAACGGGUCUUUCCUCACCGAUAGCAGCUCUACUACAGGAAGUGUGGAGGACGAGCACGCCCUCAUCCAGCAGUAUUGCCAGACUCUUGGAGGCGAGUCCCCGGUGAGCCAGCUGCAGAGUCCGGCUCAGAUCCUGAAGUCUGUGGAAAGGGAAGAGCGUGGAGAGCUGGAGCGUAUUAUUGCAGACCUGGAGGAAGAACAGAGGAAUCUGCAGGUGGAAUAUGAGCAGCUGAAGGAGCAGCACCUGAGAAGGGGGCUUCCUGUCGGUUCACCUCCAGACUCGAUUGUAUCUCCCCAUCACACCGCAGAGGACUCAGAGCUUAUAGCAGAAGCAAAACUCCUUCGGCAGCACAAAGGUCGGCUGGAGGCGAGGAUGCAGAUUUUAGAAGAUCACAAUAAACAGCUGGAGUCUCAGCUGCACCGCCUGCGGCAGCUGCUGGAGCAGCCAGAAUCUGAUUCCCGAAUCAAUGGUGUCUCCCCAUGGGCUUCGCCGCAGCAUUCUGCACUGAGCUGCGCACUGGCCCCAGACCCAGGCCAGCAGUUCCACCAAGCAGCGGCAGAGGACCUGCUGGCCCCACCCCAUGACACUGACACAGACCUCACAGAGGUCAUGGAGCAGAUCAACAACACAUUUCCAUCUUGCUGUGCAAAUGUCCCCAGCAGACCACAGGCCAUGUGAAGUGUUCACCCGCCAGCCAACAUUUCCUGACAGCCAGUGUUUCCCUUUUCUUCGCAAUGCCAAUUCCAAGUUCCAUUUAACCUGAAGCUCCAUGCCUCCUUGACACAUGCUGUUGAGCGUUGGCUGUGUGUUCUACUGAAGGAGUAAAACACUGACUCUCCAAAGAGAAAAGGAUAUUUUGUUUUUAUAUCAACCAUAUAUUAUUGUUUUCUUCUUCCCUUUCUAUGCAACUGUAAAUUAAUGAACAGAGAGGUAUUUGGAAAUGGUAAUACACUUGUCACCGAUUUGUAUAAUGUAUACGGCAUUGGGAAGGUGGGUGGGGGCUUUCUAAUAUGAUUCUGUCUUUUUAAUACCCAUGACAAACAUUUCAUAAGAAUUAGAAGAUCACUUCACAUUUUUACAUUCCUUCUGCUGCUCCUGUUAACCUUGUACAAUGACUUUGUUUAUUUCUUUGACUCUUUUACCAUUGUUUGGUUAUUUAUAAUUCAUCACCUAUAUGACCAAAUGGAUUCCAUGUAUUUGUUCCCAUAAUUUGGCCAAAUUAGAAAGUUCAUACAUUUCAAUCAAAUAUUUAAUAUAUAUAUAUACAUAUAUAUAAAUAUAUGUAUAUAUAACAGCUCUGAGUAUACUGUUUAACUUUAUUUGACAUCAUACACUUAUUUCUUUAGUGAUAACCGCGUUAAAAAUCAUGUGGGCCUAAAUGGCAUGUCUAUUAGAAUAUUUCCCCCACUUUUUAUUCCUUUUUCUAUGUAAGUAGGUCUUGAUUUCUUUAUUUAUUUCACACCCCAGUCCAUAUGAUUGAGUGCAUUAUAAUAAUCUCAAAGAUCAUUUUACCAAAGUUUGCCCAUGUAAGCACAUUUUUAUUUUGACACAGAAACAAAACUUGGUACGUUUCCUAUCCGCGGGUCUUUGAUUUUUAUCAUAAAAUACACAGCAGACCUUUACCUACCACGAGACACGAGCACAUCAUUGUCUUGAGUUCCUUUUAAAGAGAAUUUUAUUGUUGUUUUUGUAUUUUCAACUCCUGUAUAAAUCUUGUGACUUCUAGUUGCUUUCUUUCUGAGAGCAGUCACAAAUUUAGUGCAUGUGUCAUUUUACCUUUUGGAUGGAUGAACAGAUGUCUUAAAUUCCUGUCACUUGAUCAGUAUAUUUGGGAAAGAUGUUUUUCAAACGCCCAUGCCACAACUUCUACCGAAGAAUGAAAUUAAUGCUUAGAUGGUUGUACCACUGGCUCAUCCGUUGCGUGCAUUCGAUUUAGGUAUAUGGUCCCAUUCUUUUAUUUAACAUUUAAUGGAUUCAUUGAAAACAUUUUACGUAAUUACCAAAUGUAGUGAAACCAAAAAUAAAAAUGAAAAUAAUGUGUUUUGAUUCAAGCACAUCUGCUUUUAAAACAUCAGGACAUUGUAACUUUGGGUUCUCUUUCACUGAGAUUUGGCCAAGAAGGAGGCUUGAAGUUAGAAAUUGUUAUUCUUUUAGAAUAGUUUGGGUGGGUUGGGGGGAAAGGGUGUCUAUUUGCAGCAUAGAUAUUUUGAGAAGAAGAAAAAUGUUUUAUAUAAGAGGAAAGCCAUGACUGACCACCUUUCUACCUCAAAUCCAUCUUCCUCCAUCCUGUUGGAAACAGCUUUAUGCCGCUGCAGUCUGCAAAGUGUAGAGCUUUUAUCAGGCCAUAUGAUACCCAAGAAAGCACCUAUUUAAUGAAAAAAAAAAAUUCCCGGAACGCUGAACUCCAGGUUGUAGAUUUGGUGUUUUCCUUGUUAUUACUUUGAGAAGUCAUGUGUUAAUUUUUUCUGCCUGUAUUUGUACGCAAGAUGUUCUCUAUCUGCUAUUACAGAAAAGCUACAUGAAACACUACAUUGUAACCUUCUAAAUAAUAAUAAAAAGAAAUAUAUUACAGUAGCAACAAUGGGAAAUAAGUAUAUUGUUCUUUUGAAAUAUGUGGUAAAAAGCUAAUCAUAGAAUAUCAUCUAAUCUGGUUACAUGUUGUAUUUUUCAUCCUGAAUAAAAGUAAUUUUAACACAGAAUGA